AUGAUUCCCGAGGUAGUAGCGACCCCUACUGGCCUACAGCUGGCCCUACAGGUCACCUCCUCAGGAAUUGUUUUUAGGUUGCCCAAUAAAACCUCAGGGAAAUCAACAUACCUUAUGUACUCCAUACUGAAGACCUCUUUCUCCUUAUUUUUGACAGGACAGACAUGUGAAGGCAGCUGCGGGGGAAAAUUAGACUCAUGUUCAUGCCAUUCAACAUGCACGUCUCUGAAGAACUGCUGUACAGACUAUAAAGAGUACUGCGUGGAAGUCUUUCCAUAUUCCGGGUCCAUUUUGGGUGGGACAGAUUUUAUUGUCCUUGAAGCAAAUUUUAAUAAGAGCUCCAAGAUUGUAUGUAGGUUCAACAACAAUACCAACACUGUGGGGUAUGUGGAUGAAAACAGCAGAGGCCAUUGUAUCUCCCCACUAUUGUAUGAAACAGGAUGGGUCCCUUUGCAUGUUUCCUCAGAUAAUGGCACCACAUUCAGCAGAGUUGGAACCUGGUUCUCAGUACAUACCGGCAAGUUAGAUUCUAAGUUUAAGGCGACUAUGGUCAACUCAACAAAAUGGCAGUACUAUGGCACACCUAAUGUUGGAGGCACUCUUGAGAUGACAUGGAAUACCACUUUGGUCAGAGCAGAGAGGGUCAAUAUAGAGCUCUGGGGAUACAGGGAGACUGGAGAGGUUUAUACAGAGAACUGGCACGGUGAGUGGAAGUAUCUCUACUCACUUGCAACGGAUCAGCCCAACAGUGGCUCCUUUAGCUUUUUGCCCAAACCAGCAGAGAACGGCUUCUCAAGUUGGGAGCUUGGGUCUGUUCGGGUCAGCCCCAGCACCUACCCUGAUGGCAUGUGGAAUGUACAAGCUGCAUGGACGGAGGAUCACGCGCUGGCCUGGCAUCUGGCGGAGACGUUCAGGCAGAACUCAACAGCUUGGGCCCUGGAGAAAUGUUUAGCAUGGGACCAGCUGGAAAAUCAGCUGCCCAACUUCCUCAGUGAGAUCAUAGACUGCCCUUGCACUCUGGCUCAAGCGAGAGCAGACACAGGAAGGUUUCAUACUGAUUAUGGCUGUGAUAUAGAGAAAGGGAGCGUGUGCACCUACCACCCUGGGUGUGUUCACUGUGUGAGGGCGAUACAAGCCAGUCCUAAGUAUGCAGCAGGACAACAGUGUUGCUAUGACAGCACCGGUGCUCAGGUCCUGACAGCAGAUUCGAUUGGGGGAAGUACUCCAGACCGAGCACAUGACUGGGGCUCACCUCCAUUUAGGAAACCACCUCGAAUCCCUGGACAGUCCCACUGGGUCUAUGACGUCCUGAGCUUCUACUACUGCUGCCUGUGGUCCGACAACUGCCACUACUACUUCAAACACCGGCCAUCCAGUGACUGCAGGAGUUACCUGUCAGCCAGCUCAGCUGUGGUAUUUGGAGACCCCCACUUCAUCACAUUUGACGGUGUCAGCUACUCCUUCAACGGCAAAGGAGAAUACACUUUGGUGACCUCAGAAAAGAAAAAGCUGACAAUCCAAGGCAGAACAGAGCCUGUGAAUGGUACCAUGAUAAAAGCAACAAAGCUGUCGGCUGUUGCCAUGAAAGAAGAAUCCUCUGAUGUUAUUGAGGUGCGUCUGGUCAUCGGUCACAACAGCCUUGAAGUGCUGCAGAAUCAAAAAAUCCUCUCCUUUACUGAACAGAGCUGGAUGGACCUUCAUGGUGUAUUUGUGUUUGCUCCCACCUCUACAAAUGUGACCGUGAUGUUCCCCACUGGAGCCGGGGUGGAGGUGCGACUGAGAGAGGGAACCAUGACAAGCACCGUGCUCCUGCCAGAGGAGUUCAGAGACUCCACUCUCGGACUGCUGGGAAACAUGAACGGUGACGCCAAAGACGACCUCGUUCUUAGCAACGGUCAAAUUGUGCUGAACCACAGCAAUCCAGAGGAGCUGUUCAGCUUCGGCGCAAGCUGGGCUGUCAAGAACAACUCUGCUUUGUUCACAUAUGAUUCAGAAUACCUUUUGGACACAUAUUACUAUGGUGCCCGACAUGACUUUAGUUUUCUUCCAGUGUUUUCUGUCCCUGAGAGUCCAGAUGAUCCAUUAGCCAACCAGGCAUCUGAGAUAUGCUCUGGAGAGGGCUCUCAGUUCUGUAGGUAUGACAUUCUGGUAGGUCGUAGUCCAAAAAUGGGAAAUGCUACCAGAUUAUCUUUCCAGAGUCACAUUUCUCUUGUUCAGGAUCUAAAGCCAGUGGUCUCCUGUGGCUGGCUUUCACCACCAAAGAAUGGAAAGAAGGAGGGGACCACAUAUUUACAGGGAGCUAAGGUGCUGUUUUCCUGUGAUGACGGCUACACUCUCAAAGGCUCAGCAGAGCGUGUGUGCCAGCAGAAUGGCCAGUGGUCUGGAGAGGACACAAACUGCGUGGUUCCCAAUAAUCUUGCAGGAAUUGUGGCCGGUUCAGUCAUCGGAGCUGUCGCACUGAUUGUAAUUAUAACAACAAUUGUUCUCCACUCCAGAAAACAGAAAAGAAAAGCUGCACAGCCAGAUGGAGUUGUGACAAUUGAGACAUUCUAACCACAACUCUUGGUUGCAGUCAUACUGUUUGUGUUCAUGUCGUCAUCUGCUAGAAAAUGAAACAACUUGAAAAUGAAUACUACAUGCUUAAAGACAUGCUUAGAUAACAAAACACAGAAUAACACAAAAGAGAUAUCUCUUUUUGGUUAUAAACCUCCAGAUUUAAUACAUGCUGAGGUUGAGCAAAGGUCCGUACAUAGUUAAAGAGUAACUACACAGCAUAUCUUUUACACGCUACAUAUUCCAUGGCAGACGUGUAUUGUUGCACUGAUUUCUACAGGUUGAAAUUUCAACCCGUGUUGCACUUUUGACCACACCCACCACCAAAAACUACAGCUUUAGGUUUACUGUAAAGUGAAAACAGUUAAUGAAGGUUAGUGGAUUCAUCUACUUCACAUUCAGUCAUCAAGUUGGAUGAUCUAAAAACUUCAGGCCUAAAUCAAGAACUCACUGUAAGUUUGUUCAAUAAGUGAACAAUAAUAAAUCAAACUCCCAUCACAGGUGAAACAUUAACGAUGCAACAUGCUUUUGUCUAAACACUCCAUUAUUAUUAAAGACAAAGAAAAUCUUUGUCAUUUGGUCAGCUCAUUAGAUCACCUGUGUAUUUACAGAAACAGG